AUGACGACGCAGAAAGAGCCAUCACUAGACUUAAGUUUCAAAGAAUUGGAAGAGUUUUUUUUCGAGGAUCUUAAUCAGCAUAUCCAAUCACAAGGACUCAUUCAAAAUUUUAGGAGUGACGGGCAAUGCAAAAAUAUCCUACCACCAGGAAUCGAUAUAUGUAUUCCUAAUAGAUUUGACCCAAAAAUACCUCGAAACUUAUUAGCGGAUCAAAAGGUUUACAUGGGAAUAUCGUCGUUAAACCAAUCCAUUCUUCCCAUCAAUGAAACCUUUCAGCAAAAUGUGAAUCUCAACAAGAUACCCCAAAUUUUAUUUACAUGCAAUGCAAAGCCUAUUUCAAAUAAUAAUUAUGACAAACAAUUUAUAAAUAGAUACGAAAAUAUUCUAUCGGCUUCUUCUUUGCCCCCCUAUUCUAAUAACAUUCAAACUUUAUUAGAAGACCCUUCAAAAUUUCCGAUAGAAACGGUUAAUAACAUGAAAAUAAUAAAUCCGGUAGAUUCCAGAUUAAUAACUAACAAAAAUCAUAUUAUCAAUCCAAUACACCCCAUCCAGCAUGCUUCAAAUAUUGAAACUUCUCAUAAUAUAUAUAUGAUUGACAAAAAUUUGACUAGAAAUCAAUUCAAUAAUCAAUCUAACUUGCCGGAUAGUCCUCCCGAUUCUGGUUCAGAACCUUAUUCACCCCCACAAGAUGGUGCAUGUCAAGUCAACAAUAACAUAAACCAACUUCAAUCGAUUCCCAAUAGAGAUUGCCAUUUAUUACAAUUUCAAGAUCCUGUCAAUAUUUUUAAAGAUGUGCAAUUAAUUGAUUUAAAUUAUAAUGAAAUUCAGAAUUGGGCAUCUACUAAAUAUACAAAUUCAAACUCUAAUAUGCAAAACAACAUUAAAUAUUCUCAAAAUAUAGACAAUGGAAAAUUAAUUCUGAACUAUCCUAGCAGUCUACAGGGAAGAAGUCCAAAUGAUGAUGUUAACUUAGUGAACUCAAACAAUGAUUGUUUUAAUAAUACGAAUACUAGAAAUUUGGCGAAUGCAGACGCAUUUAACAGUCGGUUUGAUCUAAACCCCAGAGAAUGUCUAAUUAAAGAUAAAGUUAAUACGCUCGUUCCGGUGACGUACCGUAAUAAAAAUAACAUCGAAAUUUCCACUAAUAAUGAAGUGAUAAAAAAUAUUUAUGACAUUCCCAGCAUUCUUUCUAACGAAUAUAUGCAGAUAAACAAAUCUUCUGGGUUGUAUCCAAGUCUUAACAAAAUGUCGCAGCUCUUACUUGAAGCACCGGCUAAAGAGAAAGGUAAUGAUGGUAUUUUAGAUGAAAGCUUUAUUAAAAAUUAUUCAAAAUCUCAAGUACCAAAAUUUAAAACAGCAAAUUUAAACAAUGAACUAGUACCCUGCGGAGAACAUAAUAUCAAUAAAAAACGCAAAAAAGUUUCAGAAGAUACAAUGGAUGUAAUAUAUUCUCAAAAUAACGAUCUUGUAAGCUUUCAGUGUAUUCAAUGGCAUACAUUUCAACCAACUACCUGGAGUUCACUCUAUACCCAAGAUCUUGCACCCUUAUCGACACCCUCAUUUACUGUAAUAGCUGAUAAAGGAUUUAAUUAUUCGACAGUUGACGAAUCUUUUGUUUGUCAAAAGAAAAAUCAUUUCCAAAUCACAAUGGAUAUAUGUUUACAAAAUGACCCGAAGUUCUUAAAAUUAUCUUCUGGAUUAUUCAAACCGAUACGGAAUUUUUAUGCAAUAUUUUAUGGAGUCAAAGCAGAAUCGGUUUCACAAAUAAUCAAAAUUGAGCAAUCUCAAUCUGAUAGGAGCAAAAAAUCAUUCAAUCCAAUCCAAUUGUCACUCGUUCUUGGAAAACCUCAGAAGAUAACCAUAGGGCGGCUGCAUUUCAGCGAAACAACUAUAAACAAUAUGCGAAAAAAAGGCAAACCAAAUCCCGAUCAAAGAUAUUUUUUAUUAAUAGUUGCGUUAUGCGCUCGUGUAGGCAAAGUAAACAAUGAUUUCAAACCAAAUGAAAGUGUUAACGCUAAGAUGGCUAGAUUUGAAAACGAAGAUUUUGAGGAUCAUAUUUUGUCCGCCUUUGCCUCUGAAAAAAUUAUUGUUAGGGCCUCUAAUCCUGGUCAAUUCGAUAACGAUCCUGAUUCUACCUGGCAAAAGGGUCAAGGGGCUGAGACUAUAUGUCAUAUGGGCCAAGUUGGAAUUAACACCGAAAACCCUGAUGAGAGUUUAGUCGUUCAAGGAAAUAUAAAAUUAACGGGCCAUAUUUUGCAACCUUCAGAUAUUAGAAUUAAAACAAACAUUGUGGAGCUUGAUACGAAACAACAAUUGCAUAACGUAUCACAAAUCAAACUUUAUCAUUACAAAUAUGAUUCAGCACAAGUGGGAGACUUUGUUAGAGAAGGAGAUUCAUUAAGUGAUACCGGGGUGAUAGCCCAAGAACUUGAAAAGGUUUUGCCAGAGGCCGUAAAAAAGUCUGGUUGUUGGCAUUUGCCAAAUGGAAAAAUAAUCCAGGAUUUUAUGAUAGUUAACAAAGAGAGAAUUUUUUUGGAAAAUGUAGGAGCAGUAAAAGAACUCACGAAACUUACAAGUACUUUGGGAACCAGGAUAGAGAAACUUGAAAAAUUAAAUAAAGCAUUACCUCAUCGAAAGCAAGAAAGUUUUCGUUCUAUAUCUGGACUUAGUAAUUCACUCAGUUAUACGAGUAGCAUAACAAUUCAUUCUUCCUCAAAAUUGUCCUCCCCAAAGGACGCUUACAAAAAAAUUAUGGAUGAAACUUUAGGUGCUAGAACUUUUAGAUAUGCCUGGAACAAAAUGUUGAGAAACAAAUUCUUACAAUUUUCUUGUGCCUUUAUAACUUUAAUUAUGGGAUUUUGGUAA